AGGUGGAGCGACAGGUCUCGGGCCCCCAGGCGGGGGGAGCGACAGGUCUCGGGCCCUCAGGCGGAGCGGCGGGCGCCGGACCCCCAGGUGGAGCGACAGGUCUCGGGCCCUCAGGCGGAGCGGCGGGCGCCGGACCCCCAGGUGGAGCGACAGGUCUCGGGCCCUCAGGGGCCCUCAGGCGGAGCGGCGGGCGCCGGACCCCCAGGCGGAGCGGCGGGCGCCGGACCCCCAGGCGGUGCGACAGGCGGGGGCGGCGGGCGCCGGACCCCCAGGUGGAGCGGCGGGCGCUGGACCCCCAGGCGGAGCGACAGGUCUCGGGCCCCCAGGCGGAGCAGCGGGCACCGAGUCACCAGGCACGACAGUGGGCUCCGAGUCAACUGGCAUGACCGCUGGCAC